AUGGGAUGCCUAGUGUCAACUCCGAAGGAUACAGGUGGAAACAGAAGGCGACCCGGGAGUAUUGGAGAGGUUUCGGUUUAUGUUCCUGGUUUAAGGAUUCCGAAACCUGUUGAUUUUGCUCAGUCACUCGGUGAUUAUUUGUCGAAGAGUAUAAUCGAGAGGUUGUCUGCUCUUAGAACGCGGAUAGUUGUGAUGGCUAGCCAGGAAGGCCCUACGAUUACAAGAACAAAAAGAAAAAGCGUUACUCAACAUGGUGGUUCGACGUUGGCUGAUCUUCUCCAGGCUCUUGAAGAUUACUUGCCAGUUCUUCUAGGAUUAGUUAAAGACGGAAGCCAUUUACAAUACAAAGUACAAUUUGUUUGGAUGAACCAAGAAGACGAAAAAGAGGAAACAGCCAUGUCGAAUGCUUGGUACGAGGUGUUGUCGGUUUUGCAUUUGAUGGCAAUGCUAUUGCACUCAAAGGCUAAUUUGUUGCUGCUUCCAAGAUCAUCUAGUGAUGGUCAUCAGCAAAAAGUAUCAGAUGAAAACCGACGAACUUCUAUUGAUAUCUUCUUGAAAGCUUCGGGAUAUCUCGAUUGUGCGGUCAAACAUGUUCUUCCACAGCUACCUGCAGAACUCAGGCGAAACUUACCGGUUGACUUAGCGGAAGGAGUUCUUCGAGCACUCUCUCUACAGGCAUUAGGACAGGGUGUAGAUAUACAGCUUGGAAUGGCAAUUGAUAGUGCUAAAGCAACUCUUGCAGUGAAGCGUAGACUUGCGUGCGAGAUGCUGAAAUGUUGGCAACAGGCGCAGGAUAACAUUAUGAACCUUCCACUGGCAAAUGGUUGGGGCGAAAAGCAUCACCUACUUGUGAAAUGGAAAUAUGUUGAAGCUAAGGCUGCAGCAUAUUAUUACCACGGUUUGAUUCUUGACGAGGGAAAUACGGAGAAAUCUCAUGGAAUGGCUGUCGCCGCUUUGCAAGCGGCUGAUGAAUACUUCAAAGAAAGCAAGAAGUUAUGCGAGGCAUUCAACGCGGCUCCUCCAUUGUCAAGAAAUCCACCACUUUGGGGGACCAUGAAAUAUCUCUCUGAAAAAAUUCCUAAGGAUACUUCAAGCAAGGUGCGAAUAAACCGCGAUCUAUACACUCACGAAAGGAUUAUGGAAACAGCUCCAACUUUGCCUGAAUUUUCAUUGGCAUUGAAACCAGAUGAGUAUCAACCUCCACCAGUGGACUCUUCUUGGAGAACAGAGAACAUAAAAGUGGCACAAACUCAUUCUAACCAUGUCAAUGGUGACAAAUGA